UACGUUCUACGUCAAAUGCAUGCUAGCUUUGUCUGGUAGGUCAAAGUUACUCAAUAAUUCUGAAACAGCUAGCAUUAGUCUCUCCAGUUUAGUGCCCUGAAUUGCGCAACUUGCUUUCUGUUGCAAGUUGAAAAGAAGAACACAUGGCUGCAAUAAAAAAGAUCUCAAAAUGCACCCAUGUGGUGAACAAUACAUUCUCUUCAGGAAGACAGUUUGAUUGUGCCCAGAGCUCAGUAGGCCUCAGAUGAAUUUCAUGUCAACCCUGUAGCGUAUCUUCUUGCAGAAGAAUUUUCAUUAACGCCAAACCUGCGUUCCCACAGAGAUCAAAGAAGCUGAUAAACAAGGAUGCUUAUAAGUUCAUGAAAGAGUGCUAAAAUGUUCUGGGAUACCCAUCCGGCAGACAGAUUAAUGGAAGCAUAAUGAAGUUUUCAGAGCCCACACUAUGCAUAAAUCCAGGCUGUUUCAUUGCAGCAGUAUUUUUUCUUUUGUAUCUUUAGUAUUAGUGAGUGAUGUUUAAAAGCACCUAGGUUGAAUUAUCUCUAUUCUUUCAACUUAUUUAUUUAUGUAAGUAUUUGAGCUUAUUUUCCCCCUAUCUCAAGUCCCUAGGAUUAGCGAAAUGAGGGAAGAACCAAGUUACAGUCUCGCAUGUAUUAUGCAGUAACUUUGAUGAAGCUAAGCAAGUUUCAAUAUGGUCAAAUGAUUGGAAGGGAGUCUAGCUGGGACCCAUGUUUGUGCCUGUUUGAAGUCUGUGAAGAAAGAAAAACUAGUUGUAAAUAUAAUAAAAUGAAUACAUUUAACGUAGUUAGACAAUUAUUUGAUGAUCCAGUACUUAGUUACAGACUACCUGAAUAUAUGUUUAGAUUAGUAUUUUGCUGACUUUCAAAAACAGCAGAACAGUUGCAUUUCUAUGCACUACUGAUAUUUGAAUAUGGUAUAAAAAUAAGAACAGGUUUAUCUGAUUAAAAAAUGUAAAUGAUAUCAGGUAUGAUUUUCAAUACAGGAAAUCUUUUUUAGCUUAAUAAAACUAUCAAAAUUGCCUAAUACAUAAUAUAAUGUGAAAACCUGGCUUGGCUGGAAAUCAUCAGAUAAAAUCUGAUUUAAAUAGUAAGAUUAAUUUUAAAAGGAAGAGAGGACAGAACCCUCCAUUUUUCAUACUCUCCAGCCACAAAAUGGCAUGAGCUAAUGCAACAUCAGAAGGGGAUCGGCAACAUUUUGGCAGGGGAAUUCACUUUCUGAGCGGGUGGUCAAGGGCUUUAGGAACAGCUUCUUUAUGAAGCUAAGAAUAGAUCUCUUGUAUUUUGAAGUAGCUUUGUACUUGUUCUCCAUUGGCUUGUAGAUUGUAGAAGCUGAUGCCAUAUGAGUCAAAUUAUAAUUCUUUAUGAACAAUAUACUUUUUCCCAAAAAGGGUCAGAAUUGUCUGUUAUAUUUAUGAUCAUGGGUCCCUAAUCAUUUGGUUUCUUAAGCCUUUAGUGGCAACAGAUCUUGGGAGAUCAGAUCAGCCAAGAGCUUAUGACCUUCAUUUACAUAAAUAUCAACUUCAGUUCUCUACUCCAAAUGUGUAAACAUUUUGAGUCAACCAUGGUCACUAAAGAAUUGGUCUUGCAUGUUCUUCCCAUGUAAUGAUGCUUAGGCGGAUAAAUUCUUUAUGUUUAAGUUCAUGAAAGGUUCAAAGGGGUUGGUAUUUAUUAGCACAUCCCAGCUGGAAUAUCCGUUUUGUUACUAUAUAGAAUUAGCUCCAGUGACGUUUUUAAGACUUCCUGUCUCUGCAAUUAAUGAAUGCAGUGUAGAAAACAAGCUGCAUGCAUUUUGUUAAGAGUUUCUUAUUGCCUGGAAGUCUGGAUCAGAAACAGUAAUAUGAUAUGUACUGUAUGUUGAAGAAAGUGAUCCAGAACAGACACUGAGGGACACAAUACUGCUUCAUAAAUGUUCACAUCUUCAAAGCUUUAAGCUUCCUUUCUCCCGCCCUUCCUUCCCACAAUGCUGUCUAAUUCUAGAAAUUGAAUUAAAUCUAUUUCAGAGGAUUUUAAUAAGUAUCAAAACAAAAUAUCUGUUUCUACAUGUGUUCUGCCCAGAUGAUACUUCAUCAUCUAGCAUCUUAUGGGUACUCAGUCCAAAUCCUUGCAUUUUAUCAGUGAAACUAGUGGUUGGUGGCCUUUCUGUAGCUAAAAGGAUUCCAGUCUAUAGUGAUAUUUUGAAAUAAUCCAUGUGUCCACCCUGCUGAAAAAAAAUAUUUCUUUAUUCGGCAAUGCCACUUUUUGGACCCAUGGAUUUUCUGGAAUAGUAGGCUAUUGGCUUCAUCCUUUCUUCAUUAUCUUGAAGUUACUGACAUCAGCAAUCACAGUAAUGUAUCCGCUAACCUCACAGAUAGCCAGUAUUAGGGUUUAAGUUGAGAGUUUUUCAACAUUCCCAAAAGCUCCGCAUUAAAUGUGUUUCCACUGCCAAAUUGUACCUGUUUUGAGUCAUUCAUUUAAAGGUUCCUCUAGCACCUCUGACAGUUGUGAUACAAAUCUUCCAAGCUCCCCAAAAUCUAUUUGCUACAGAUUCUGGAAGUGUAAAUCCUAAAAUAGUUUCCAUGUGCACUGGAUCUGGGCUCAGGCCAUGUUUACUUAUGGAAAAACAGGUGAGAUCUUUCAUUUGUUCUGUUCAGUUUAAGGUCUGCAGCUUAUAAUUACUAGGACCAUGUGCCAUUUCUGGUCAUGUUCAUCUUCAGUAAAGCCAUCAGCCAAGAAGUAGUACAUGAACACCAAAUUCUCCAGGGGCUUGCCAUUUCCCUCUGAAACAACUUGUGAAUGGUAAAAACCAUAAGACAUCUUCUAAAGAAACAUCUGUCAAGUGGGGUUAUCUAACAUAGUUUGCACAAUCUGGGUCUGUAUAGCUGUGUCAAAAAUCCACUGGCAACAUCAAGCAGGAAGGAUCUGCAAGGCUUGGAUGAGUGUCAUCAUAGCAAUGGGGAUGUUCUUCUCUCUUUCCACAGUUUCAUUUAGCCCUUUCAGGCCCCCACAGAUGUGAAUGAUGUCAUUGUUCUUGCACAGAUGUACCAGAUCAUGGGCUCAGGGAUUGUUUCAAUCCUUCCACAAGGGGAUCAUCUUGUAAUUCCGCUUUUACUCUUGAAAAUAGUGGGGUCGAUCCCGUUCUGGCUAUUUAGAGUGCGUCAGAACAGCUUCUUUCUUCAGCUGUUACUGGAGGAGUCUUUAAGGUUCCUAUUUCCAUGUUAGGCUGCGUGGAGUUUUUUCAUAUGUCACACUAGAUCUAUUGCAAGGGAUACCUAACAUGGCAUUGUUUAUCUGACCACACAGUGCAUAUACUUUGAGCUCGUAAUCGCUGACUCUUUUCUGAGAACCGGCUAUAAAAUACUUUAGGCAAUAUAAAUUCUGACUGCCAAGGGCUGCGAGGAAUGCAGAUGUCCCCCAAAGAGAAGACAGCCUCCGCAAGCUUCUGUAGAUGGCUUCUGAGGUCACAGUCCCUCCUAUAUUAAAUACAUGUUAAAAAUUACAAAUUUAAGAAUCAGAUUUGCCAAGCUGCACACACUGGGAGACAACCUUCUUGAUUCAAGAAUGGAAAUCAGAGAAAAAUACUACUAUGCCAUUUAUGACAUGGUAGUCCGUGGGAACUGCUUCUGUUACGGGCACGCCAGUGAAUGCGCGCCAGUGCACGGAUAUGAGGAGGAGGUAGAAGGAAUGGUCCACGGGCAUUGCAUGUGUCGGCACAACACCAAAGGUUUAAACUGCGAGCAGUGUUUGGAUUUUUACCACGAUUUGCCAUGGCGUCCCGCCGAAGGUCGCCACAGCAACGCCUGCAAAAAGUGCAAUUGCAACGAACAUUCGGCACAGUGCCAUUUUGAUAUGGCUGUUUACAUAGCAACUGGAAAUAGCAGCGGUGGAGUGUGUGAUGAUUGUCAGCAUAACACUGUGGGGCAUAAUUGUGAGCAGUGUAAGCCCUUCUACUUCCAACACCCAGAGAGAGAUAUCCGCGAUCCCAACAUUUGUGAACCAUGUAACUGUGACCCAGUUGGCUCCCAGAAUGAUGGAGUCUGUGAUCGUUACACUGACUACUCUACUGGCCUCAUUGCUGGACAGUGCCGUUGUAAAUUAUUUGUCGAAGGGGAACGUUGUGAUUUCUGCAAAGAAGGAUUUUAUGGAUUAAGCUCAGACAAUCCUCUUGGCUGUCAGUCUUGUGCAUGCAAUCCUUUGGGCACGCAUUCCGGAGGGAAUCCUUGUGACUCUGAGACAGGAAACUGUUACUGUAAACGUCUCGUUACAGGAAGGCACUGUGAUCAGUGUCUGCCUGAACACUGGGGACUGAGCAAUGAUAUGGAUGGGUGUCGACCUUGUGAUUGUGACCAAGGAGGUUCACUCAACAAUAACUGCUCAAGUGAAUCUGGUCAGUGCCAGUGCAGGCCUCAUCUGAUUGGCCGCCAGUGCCAUGAAGUGGAACCUGGAUAUUUUUUCAUAUCUUUAGAUCAUUAUGUCUAUGAAGCAGAAGAUGCCAACUUUGGCCCUGGCGUGAGUUUAGUUGAGCGCCUGUAUUCUCAAGAUCGUGUACCUUCGUGGACUGGAAUAGGAUUUGUGAGAGUUCCUGAAGGAGCAUAUUUGGAAUUCUACAUUGACAAUAUUCCAUUCUCUAUGGAAUAUGAUGUUCUGAUUCGAUAUGAGCCACAGUUACCAGAUCAGUGGGAAAAAGCUAGCAUCAGUGUAUUUCGCCCAGGCAAAAUUCCUGCUAGUAGUAGAUGUGGCAAUACUGUUCCUGAUGAUGACAAUCAAGAGGUAUCGUUAUCUCCGGGUUCCAGGUAUGCAGUCCUUCCACGCCCGGUAUGCUUUGAAAAGGGUCUGAAUUACACUGUUCGGUUGGAGCUACCGCAGUACUCCUUAAACUCAGAGGUGGAAAAUCCAUACACGCUCAUUGAUUCACUUGUUCUCAUGCCAUAUUGCAAGUCACUGGACUUAUUCACGGUUGGAGGCAGAGGUGAUGAUGUGACAACUAACAGUGCCUGGGAAACCUUUCAAAGAUACCGCUGCCUGGAGAACAGCAGGAGCGUUGUUAAAACCCCCAUGACUGAUGUUUGCCGAAAUAUAAUUUUUAGCAUCUCAGCCCUGUUGCACGAAACAGCACUCGCUUGCCAGUGUGACCCACAAGGUUCAUUGAGUUCCGUAUGUGAUCCCAGUGGAGGCCAUUGUCAAUGUCGGCCAAAUGUCGUGGGAAGGAGAUGCGACAAAUGUGCCCCUGGCACUUUCGGAUUUGGACCCACUGGAUGCAAAUCCUGUGAGUGUCAUGUCCAAGCUUCCGUUAAUGCCUUCUGCCAUCCGGAGACCGGGCAGUGCCAUUGUUUCCACGGAAUAUAUGGUCGCCAGUGUGACAGAUGCUUGCCUGGAUAUUGGGGAUUUCCAAGCUGCCAACCCUGCCAGUGCAAUGGUCAUGCGGAUGAAUGUGACCCGUACAGUGGACAGUGCUUGAAUUGCCGUGAUCACACCUCAGGCGCCAAUUGUGAAAGGUGCCUUGCUGGUUAUUAUGGAGAUCCAAUCCUGGGAUCAGGAGAUCACUGUCGUCCUUGCCCUUGCCCUGAUGGACCAGAAAGUGGGCGCCAGUUUGCCAGUGGCUGUUAUCAAGACCGGACUACGUUGCAAGUGGUGUGUCUUUGUGAGAAUGGAUAUAAAGGAAGCAGAUGUGAUGAAUGUGCUUCUGGCUUCUUUGGAAACCCUGAAGAGGUCGCUGGGACUUGUCAGCCCUGCCAGUGUAACAACAACAUUGAUUCCUCUGACCCGGAGGCUUGUGACAGAAAGACAGGAUUGUGCCUCAGGUGUUUGUAUCACACACAAGGUGAACACUGCCAAGAGUGUAAACCUGGCUACUAUGGAUGGGCUCUUCAGCAGGAUUGCAGAAAGUGCGUCUGCAAUUACCUGGGAACCGUUCAUCAGCGUUGCAACAGCUCUGAAGACUGUGAGUGUGAGAAAGAAACGGGUCAGUGCCAGUGUCUUCCUAAUGUGGUUGGACAGAAUUGUGACCACUGUGCCCCAAACACGUGGCAACUGAGCAGUGGGACCGGAUGUGAACCAUGUGCCUGUGAUCCUGAGCAUUCCUUUGGCACAUCUUGCAAUGAGUUCACUGGGCAAUGCCAGUGCAUGCCAGGAUUUGGAGGACGCAUGUGUACUGAAUGUCAGGAGCUUUUCUGGGGUGAUCCUAGUGUGGGCUGUCAAGCUUGUGACUGUGAUUUACGAGGCAUCCAGACUCUUCAGUGUAACCGUUCAACUGGCCAAUGCAUCUGCAAUGAAGGUGUUGAAGGUUCCCGUUGUGAUAAAUGCACCCGAGGCUACUCUGGCAACUUCCCAGACUGUGCUCCUUGUCAUCAGUGUUUUGCCCUCUGGGAUAUCAUCAUUAGUGAACUGAAUAAUAGGACACAGAGAUUCCUGGAAAGAGCCAAAGUCCUGAAAAUCACAGGGGUGAGUGGCCCCUACCAAGAGACUCUCAACUCUGUGGAGGAAAAAUUGAAUGAGAUUAAAAGUAUCAUUGCUCAAAAUCCUGCUACUGAGCCACUUAAAAACAUCGGGGACCUCUUUGAGGAAGCAGAGAAGUUAAAAACAGAUGUGGCAAAAAAGAUAACUGAAGUCGAAGAAAAGGUAUCUAAAGUAGCAAAUGAGAGCACCAGUGCAGACAGUGAACUGACGGCCUUAGAAGCAGAUGCCAAGAGCUUACACAAUGCCGUGAAAGAACUUGCCGAACAGCUGGAGUUCAUAAAAAUCUCUGACAUUCGAGGAGCCUUGGACAGUAUCACUAAAUAUUUCCAAAUGUCCCUGGAUGCAGAAAAAAGAGCCAAUGCUUCAGUUUUGCUUCCUGGCAGUGUUGUUGAGCAGUCAGCAGAAAUGCGUCUCGAAGUGGAAAGCUUGAUCAAUGAUACCGAGGCCAAGUUCAAGGCUACACAAGAAGAGCAGUCGCGUCUCUUGGAUGAACUUGCAGGAAAGCUGCAGAGUCUGGAUCUGGCAGAAGUGUCUGAAAAGAUGUGCGGAACGCCCCUGGGGGCUUCCUGUGCUGAUUCCAAAUGUGGUGGGUUGAGCUGCCGAACUGAAGAUGGGAAAAAGAAAUGUGGAGGGCCAGGAUGUGAGGGCUUGGUGACCGUGGCCCACACCGCCUGGCAGAAAGCGAUAGAUUUUGACAGAGACAUCCUGAGUGCUUUGGCAGAGGUGGAACAGCUCUCCAAGAUGGUUUCAGAAGCAAAACAAAGAGCUGAUGAAGCGAAGCAGAACGCGCAAGACGUUCUGCUGAAAACCAAUGCCACCAAGGAGCAAGUAGAUAGGAGCAACAAGGAUCUGAGAAAUCUCAUUAAGCAGAUCAGAGAAUUUCUAAUGAAAGACAGUGCUGAUCUUGAGAGCAUUGAAGCAGUUGCUAAUGAAGUACUCAACAUGGAGAUGCCUAGCACACCUGAGCAAUUGCAAACCCUGGCAGAUAACAUUCGUGACCGUGUGGAAAGUCUUUCUGAUGUGGAGACGGUCCUUCAGCAGAGUGCUGGAGAUAUCGCAAGGGCAAAGACACUGUUAGAUGAAGCUAAAAAAGCCAGUAAAAGUGCAACAGAUGUUAAAGUCACAGCGGAUAUGGUCAAAGAAGCUCUGGAAGAAGCUGGAAAAGCCCAAACUACAGCUGAAAAGGCUAUCAGACUAGCAAAUGAAGAUAUUCAAGGAACGCAAAACUUAAUUACCUCUAUUGAAUCUGAAGCAGUCACAGCAGAAGACAAUUUGGGCAAUGCGACACUGCGCAUUGCAGAACUAGAGAAGAACGUGGAAAUGCUUCGACAAAAGGCUGCCACAAACGCGGAGGAGAUAAAAGGAGCAGAAGAAAAUAUUGCUGCUGUCAGUCGAACAACCACAGAUGUUCAAAAAAUACUAGAUGACAGUGUGAAUGAGAAAUACAAAACAGUAGAAAACUUAAUUGCCAAGAAAACAGGGGAGUCUGCAAAUGCCAGGAAGAAAGCAGAAGAACUGCAAAAUGAAGCUAAAAUUUUGUUAGAUCAAGCAAACAGCAAACUUCAGCUUCUCAGAGAAUUGGAAGACACAUAUGAAAAGAAUCAAAAAAUUCUGGAAGAGAAAGCUAAACAAGUAAUGGAAUUGGAAGAAACUGUCCGGGGCCUCUUGCAAGCCAUUAGUCAAAGAGUUGCAAUUUAUAGCACUUGCUAGGAAUUGGAAAAGGAAACAAAGGGCUUAGGGGAAAAAAACCCAAAAAACUUUCAUUUGAAGACAGGUCUUAAAUUGAUACGGAACCUGUCAUAAUCUGACCAGAUGCCAGCAAUUUUUUUUUCUUGCUUUCUAAAAUAAAAUACUACUUUGUAACCAAGUAUAUGCCUCAUUUAACCCAAGUUAGUCUCAUUCCAAUGUUACUUUUAUUAUCCCAAAUAGUAAUUAACCCUUUGAUUCUGCUAAUAAAAUCCUAGCAUUAAACAUGGGGUUUUUAACCACUUAAUUUUGACUUGAGGAAGCCAAAUGUUCCAAUAUACAAUUCAGCACAUAAACUGAACAGUCUCAUGCCAACUUUCUUUGAAAAGAGGGGAGCUGAGAGCUUCUGAUCAGAGCAAGCAAACAAGAGAACAAACAGAAACACACAUUUUACAACGAGCUGGUAACAUUGUGGAGCUUAUCAGCUAUGUUUCCAGAAGGUUGAUCGGCUAAUUGGGUAAGGCUGUGAGUUUGCUAACCAGAGAGUCUGCGAGGGAGGGUUUUAAAGCUACAACUGAUUCAUAAAUUAGUAAGAGGAACUAUAAUCCUUAACCAUCAGCUUAGUCCCAGCCAGCACUAGAAAAACAAUGGCAGUUCAGCAUUGUGAUGAAAGUGAGUGAGCAAGGAGGGUGAACAGGAACCAAAGUUUUGGGAGAGAAUAUUGCAAGGGGAUGAAAGCUACUGAUCUCCCACUGCCAGAGAAUGAGCAUCAAGGUAAAUUUACCGGGUUUAUGAAUGAACUCCAGUCUCUGUAAAACUUUAGAUAGGGGCUAUCCUUUAAUUCAAACAGUUCCUAAAGAAGAAAAACAAACCUACCAAAAAGAACUAGUAAGAUGGUAGACAGCUGGGAAGGGAGCAGGAUGCUCUCCAGUUUAUUCUAGAGUGUUAAAUGUACAACUCUCUGCAUGUCAAAUGGUUUGUGCAUUUUGCUGUUGGCUCUCAGUUAACAAGUCUGUUCCAUGAAAACUAACACAGCUGAACUGGGGACUCAGGCAGACAGGUAUAUAAAUGAGAUCUUCUAGAUGUGAUGAUUUUGUCCCACUUCUAAGAUAACACCUCCUUUGUUCUCAAGGAGAAAUAGGAUCUUGGGGAAGGAGGACAUCACUCUGAGGAUGAGAUGUUCCUGUAGGAAAUAUUGUAUCUUUAGAUCAAGAACCCAGAUCCUCUUAUACCAAUGAUGGUUGUGGGUUAUUAGAAACAUGGGUAAUUGGGUUUAUGCCAGGUAUGUAGAUAAUAUGGUGACUUGCCUUCCUGGAAGAAAAAUUCUGGACAUCAUAUAUCUAGGUAAGUUGUUGGAUAGCGCUAAGACGAGGCAGUGCUUGUGGUCCAUGUUGGCACCAACAUUGGAAAAUUUCGUUGACAAUCUUGGAAUCCAAAUUUAGACCACUAGAAUGAAGUUCAAGAGCAUCAAGAUAGCAUUCUCACAACUGUUACCUGUUCUGUAUGUUGGACCAGCUAGACAGCCUAUUGUCCCAACACAUGGACAGGGAGGUUAUGCCAGGCAGGGGGGUUGAGAUUUGUUGACACUGGGGAACUUUUAGGUUUCGGUCAAAUCUGUUCAGAGAGAUGAGCGCCACUUGACCUGAUAUGGAGCCAGGCUACUGGUACAUAACAGAAGUGACAGAGCAGCUUUUAAACUGAUCCUGGAGGAUAUACAACAGGUGCUGAGCCUGUUUGGAAGGAUAGAUCUUUUAGAAAAUACAAGAAUAAGACCAAUGUUACUAGAAGGUAAACAGACAUGACAAACUAAAGAUCAAUUGGAGUGUAUUCCACAGUAUGAGAGGCCACCAUAGCUUUCUGAUACAAUCAGAAGCUGUAAACAUUAAGACUGCUCCUUCAGGAAAACGAAAGCCUGCCUGAACAAGAAGACUGAAAAGGAACACAAAGUGUAGAUUGAUAAUAAUAAACCAAGUAAAAGAUGAGUCAGAGUGAUAGAAAUUAUAAUUAAAAACAAAAUCCAUAGAGGGAGUAAAAGCAGUCCUCAAGAAAUACAUGAAUAUUGCAGAGAAACCAAAUGAAUUCUUUGGUUUUACCUUCACAACAGAAGAUAGAGACAGGUACCUGAGCCUAUACUGACUUUGAAAAGAUUAUUGGAACUAAAACAUACUAAGGUAGCAAAAGAUGUUCUAGGUCAUUUCUUAACUCAAAUAGGAAACUGCUGAUCUCCUGGUUCGUUCAAUUUGUCCCUCAAAUGGCAAAGUCCAAAUGACUUUGCCCCAAAUUUUAAAUAGGGACUCAGGGGAUCCAGGAAGUUGUAGGCAUUGAAUAUAGACAUGUAUCAGCAUAGUUGUGAUCUAUAUUCUUGGAUUUUCAAAAAGCUGAGUACCUCAUCAAAAGUGCUUGAGUAAGUUUAGCAGUCAUGGGAUGUCUUUCUGUGGAUUGCAAAAAAGUAAAGCAAAGCAAAGCAAAAAGUAGGAUAAUUUUCUCAGAGGGAAUUCCUUUCAGUGGAAUUCCUCCAGAAUCUAUGUUGGGACUGGUGUUUUUUAACUUGUUCAUAAAGAUCCUGAUUUAGGGAUAAGUAACAAGCUGGCCAAACUUGCAGAUGAUGUCAAAAUAUUAAGGGUAAUAAAACCCAACAUGAUUGUGAAGAGCUCCAGAAUGCUCCCUUUAAACUGGAUAAAAGGUCCAUCAAAUGGCAAAAAGUCCAUUUCAGGAAGUGUAAAGAAAUUUGCAUUAAGAGAAAAAAAAACCCUUCACUUAUUAAUGGGGAUCCAAGUGGUCUAACCAGGCAAAGUGUGUGACAGCUGUUAACAGGGACUGAAAAUAAAACUGCCAGUUUUGUAAUGCCCUUCUACCAAUCUACAAUGCAUCCAUCUCUAGAAUACCUUUGAAAAAGGAUAUGAUUGAGAUGGGAAAAUCUCAUACAUCUUCCCAAUAAGGAGAGGCUAGAAUGUUUGGGAAUCUUUAGCUUGAAAAAAAAAAGGCAACUGAGCAAAGACUUGAUCAAGAGGUGUAGCAUCACGAAUCGCAUGG